AUGGCAACUGAAUCUUCCGACAUAACGGCUGUAGUGAUUACGUAUUGUCCAUUGAUCGAACUAAUUGAUUACAAUUACGAAGCUAAUGUAAAUCUAACACGUUCUCGUAACUAUUAUGAAUGUCCAGGUAGCCAAGGUUCUAUGUACACUCGAUGUUGUGAAUAUAAUCGUUGUUGUUUGCCAUCCAUUUAUACUCGAUUUGAUCAAAAUGCUUAUUACUAUGCCGCGUUGAUCAGUUUGUUGGGCUUCGGAUUCCUAAUUUUUAUUAUAUGUUUUUGCUGUACAUUGCGACGAUGUUUGCCAGGCAAUGGAAACAAACAUGAUAUACAUCUAAGAGAGAACAAAUUAUUCGAAAUGUCUCAACAUCAACAACCCCUCAACCACCAUAAUAUGGUUGGUCACACAACAUCACAGCAAACAUUUCAAGGUGGACAAGAAAAUAAAUCCAACAAUCAUCAUCAGCGAAUAGUUGAUGAAGAAUGGCUACCAGUCAUGAAUCAGGUAGAUGAUUCACCCGUUGCACAUUAUUACAGUAAUCCGAAUCCAAAUACCGUAUACGAUGAUCAUCAUUAUGGCGGUGCGAACGGUAGUUUACCGAUGCCAUCAAUUCUAAUUAAUCCAUUAGCAAAUCAUCAACAACAAAAUUGGCAGGCACAUUUUGUAUUCGAUGGUAUGGUCUGAAUCGACUAAUUUUUCUCAUAUCUGAUUUCUUACAUCAAACGCAACGAAUGAUCAAACUAAAACUACAGGAAACUUUUGUACAGCUUAUCUUUUCGCUCUUUACUCAAUUCAGUAUUUUUUGUGUGCGUUUUUUUUUGAUCUAUGAUUUAAUAAAUGUGUUCACUAUGAAUGAACACUUUUUAUUUAUUCAUUUUUAUAUCAUCUGUUU